AUGAUCAUCGAACUCCUCUCCGACCCCAGAAACCUUGCAUUGGUCGUCGUUUGCAGUGUUUUCUUUCUAUUCCUUCGAAUAUGGAUGUCAAGACCAAGACUACCACUUCCGCCUGGCCCUCCCAGUGAUUCACUUUUCGGAAACACCUUCGAAGCUGCCUUUGCGUAUAGAAGAUUCGAACUAUGGACGCAGCAAUACGGUCCUGUGUUCACAUUACGCCAAGGUCUGAACUAUAUCAUCGUGAUCGGACGACUUCAAGCAGCCAUGGACAUUAUGGAGAAAGAGGGUGCCUUUCUGGUAGACCGGCCGCUCUCGAUAGCAGCGGGACAGACGCUUUCGGGAGGUAUGCGAGUAUUGUUGACACCUGCCGGGGAAAGAUUUAAGAAGCUGAGGAGGGCACUUCAUGCACACCUUCAACCGAAAAGUGUUGCUUCGUAUUCCCCAGUUUUGAUGAGGACAGCGAGACAGCACAUGCUCGAUAUAUGUGAUAACCCUGUACGACACCAAGAUCAUGCCAAGCGAUAUGCAGCAGCAGUUGUCAUGGCCCUUGCUUAUGGAAAGAUACCCACGUCGUACGAAGACCCGGACGUUCAAGCUGUUAAUCGUUGCCUCACAAGAUUAGGAUAUGCUAUGCGACCCGGAGCAUGGAAAGUUGAUACCUUCCCAUUCUUGAGAUUUAUUCCCGGGUACCUAAAAGAACUUCAAGACGGCCAUGCGGAAGAACUUGGGUUGUUCAAGGACCAACUUCAAGGUGUUCGUGAUCAAAUGGCUCGCAAUGAAGCCAUCCCAUCUUCGUUCGGAAAGUACCUCAUUGAAAAACAAUCCGAACUGGGUCUAGAUGAUAACGAGACAGCCUAUCUUGCCGGAAGUAUGUUUGGUGCUGGAAGUGAUACGACAGCGAGCGCGAUCAGUGUAGCUGUCAUGGCGGCAGCUUGUUAUCCGGAGGCAAAAAGGAAGGUUCAGGAAGAGCUGGAUCAAGUUAUCGGAAAGGAUAGACCCCCAAUGUUCAUGGACCAGGAGAGCCUUCCUCAAACGAUGGCCUUUGUUCACGAGAGUUUUCGAUGGAGGCCCGUUACAUCCGGUGGAUUCCCUCACAAAGCUACAAAGGACAUAAUCUGGGGUCAAUAUUGUAUUCCCAAAGGUUCCGCCGUCAUUGGCAACGUGUGGUCAGUCGGACGUGACCCACAAUAUUUCCCUGAUCCCGAAACAUUCAAUCCCCAGAGGUGGUUGACGCCUGAAGGAAAGAUUAGGGAGGACAUUAAAAGCUAUCCGUUUGGGUUUGGACGGAGAGUCUGCCCCGGUCAACACAUGGCGACUGCGUCUGCCUUCAUCAACACCGCCCUGCAACUGUGGGCUUUCGACAUUGCAGAAGAUCCCAAGGACAAGAUUGAUACAUUGGCCUUUACCGAGUCGGCAAAUGCUCACCCAAUGCCUUUCAAGGUCAUUUUCACGCCCAGGCUAGGUGAUGGAGGAUGGGACGCUGUACGAGACGCUUUCGAGAGUUAUGGAAUGUAG